CGUGUGCUUCAAGCCAAAACCCAAAAACCCUUUCACACACUUUUUUAUCAUUUUUUUUCGGUUCCCAACUUCACUCUCUCGAAAUUCUCUCUUCCUUUGAUUAUUUUUCGCAAGUAAAAAAGAGGAAUCGGUUAUGAGAGUGAUUCAUUGAGUUUUUACGGUUUUAGAAAAAAGAAGAAGGAAAAGUGAUGAGAGAGAUGCGUAAGUCAUUCAAGGAUUCUCUCAAAGCUCUUGAAGCUGAUAUUCAAUUUGCCAAUACUAUAGCUUCUGAUUAUCCAAGAGGAAAUGACAGAGUCUGCUUUCAAAUGAGAUUGUCUUAUAGCCCAGCUGCUCAGUUUCUUCUUUUUCUGGUUCAGUGGACUGAUUGCCAUCUUGCCGGAUUCUUAGGAUUGCUUCGAAUUCUCAUCUACGAGGCAUAUGAUGAAGGGAAGAAAACCACCAUUUAUGAAAGAAAAGCUAGUCUAAAGGAGUUCUAUGGUGUGAUCUUUCCGUCGUUAUUACAACUCAAGGGAGGAAUCACUGAGGUAGAAGAGAGGAAACAAAAAGAUUUAUGCGCUAGAAAGUACAAACCGAAAGAUGUGAUUAGAAAAGGAAAGCUAUCUGCAAUUGAUAUAGAGAGAGAAGAAGAAUGUCCUAUUUGUAUGGAGAUGAACACCAAAGUUGUGUUGCCAAAUUGCAACCAUUCUUUGUGUAUGAAAUGCUAUAAUGACUGGUACACAAGAUCUCGAUCUUGCCCUUUCUGUCGGGACAAUCUUAUGAGACUAAACUCUGGCGAGCUUUGGAUCUACUUGAGCAGCAGAGAGAUAAUUGAUUUGGAAUCAAUCAAUAAGGAGAAUCUGAAAAGGCUAUUUAUGUACAUUGAUAAGUUGCCUCUGAUUUUGCCAGAUCAAAUAUUCAUGUCUUAUCCUCGAAGCUUUUGAUUUCCAUUUAGUGAAUUAGUGUAAAUUCUCAAGUUACCUCAAAAAAAUAAUAUUUCUCCAAUAGAUUUCAAAAUGUAAAUACUUUAUGGCUUUUUAGUCGAAUGAUAUUUUAACUCCAAUAGAUUUCUUUAGCCAGAAUAUUUG